GUCCGCCCACCCAUCAUAUGGACCGGAAACCCGCAUCCUAGUGUCAUAUUUCACGUACAGCGACCCGAAUCCCUUCCUUCGGUGGCAUUGGUGGUGGAUACCUACCAGAAUGAUGCAUCUUAAGUCCCCCCGAGACGAACCAUAGCAUGACUACCCCAUGAUAUAAGUCCUGCUCCUCCUAGGGUAGCAAUCACCGCCAGUCUCGAGGAAGAGUAUUGCAGCACAGCAUCGCUCGGCAGACACUUGACGCAGAAACCCGUACCGUAGCCAGCCACCACCACAUUCGUUUACGGCCUAGGUGGUCUGCUACGUACCGUCCUCAUGGUCGCACCAACUCUCUUCAGUGGUCUCCUGGCCGCCGCCCUGGUUCCCCUUACCCACGCCGCCGGGUCCUCAUCCGCCGCCCCCUUGCGCCCGGACAUCAAGCCCGCGCCCUUCCAUCCGGGUCCCGCCUUCCCCACCUCGGCCCCGAGGACUAAGACGUGCAUCGUGGAGGCCGGCGCCGCCGGCACCGAUGACGCCCCCGCCAUCCUCAAGGCCUUCACGGACUGCAACCACGGCGGCACCGUGGUCCUCGACUCGACCUACAACAUCUGCUCGCCCCUGGACUUGACUUUCUUGCAAUCCGUUGACGCCGCCAUCACUGGCACUGUCAACUUUUGCGAUGACAUUGACUAUUGGCUGCCACGGACCUUCAAGUACACAUUCCAGCUGUCCUCGUCCAUGUGGAAGAUUGGUGGCACGGAUGUGAACAUCUAUGGCAACGGUGCCGGUACGCUCAACGGAAACGGCCAGAAGUGGUACGACCGAUUCGCCUCCAACGCCACCCUCCAGAGACCCAUCUUGCUUGUCACCGAUGGCCUUCACGGCGGCUCCAUUACCGGCCUGAACAUGGUCAACUCGCCUCAGUGGUUUAACCUCAUCGCCAACAGCAGCAAUGUGCUCAUCUCCGACAUCACCAUCAAGGUCGGCUCGAUCUCCAAGAACCCGGCCAAGAACACGGACGGUUGGGACACGUACCGCUCCGACUCGGUCGUCAUCCAGAACUCGCACAUCGACAACGGCGACGACUGCGUCUCCUUUAAACCCAACUCGACAAACAUUGUCGUCCAGAACCUCGUCUGCAACGGAUCCCACGGCAUCUCGGUCGGCUCCCUCGGCCAGUACGUCGGCACAUUCGACGUCGUCGAGAAUCUCUACGUCUACAACACUACCAUGUCCAACGCCUCCGACGCCGCCCGCAUUAAGGUCUGGCCCGGCAUCGACACACCCUUCCAGCCCUCGCUUUCCGGUGGCGGCGGCUCCGGAUACGUCAGGAACGUGACAUACGACGGCUUCCACCACUCCAACAACGACAACGUCAUCACAAUCGACCAGUGCUACGGCCAGAAGAACCAGACUCUCUGCAACCAGUAUCCUUCCAACUUGACCAUCAGUGACAUCUACUUCAAGAACUUUGACGGCACGACCUCCUCCAAGUACAGCCCCCGUGCGGGCACUCUCGUCUGCAGCAGCCCAGCGAAAUGCCUUAAUAUCAACGCAUCAAAGAUUGCCGUCAAGACCCCGACUGGCGCGAACCCACAGUGGUUGUGCGUUAACCUGGACACCGGUCUUCUUGACAUCAACUGCGUGACCAAGGUGGCCAAGAGAUUGGUCGGGAUGUAAACUUGAUAUUCAUUCUUUAUGUUGAUCGUCAUGUUUCAGACGUUGAACUCAUUAGUCUGCUCCGGUCCCUAGGCCGUGUUCUCUUCAAAAAAGGAACGCUGUGCACAUGU